AACCUCCAAAUUCUCUGGAUCUGAAUGGCACACAUCCUCGGAGAAUCAAGCUCACAGCUCCAAAUAUCAAUCUUUCUUUGGACCAAAGCGAAGGGUCUAUUCUCUCUGAUGAUAACCUGGACAGUCCAGAUGAAAUUGAUAUUAAUGUGGAUGAACUCGAUACUCCUGAUGAAGCAGAUUCUUUUGAGUACACAGGCCAUGAAGAUUCCACAACCAACAAAGAUUCUGGCCAAGAGUCAGAGUCUAUUCCAGAAUAUACCGCUGAAGAGGAACGGGAGGACAACCGACUGUGGAGGACAGUGGUGAUUGGAGAACAAGAGCAGCGCAUUGACAUGAAAGUCAUCGAGCCCUACAGGAGAGUCAUUUCUCAUGGAGGAGAUUCAGGAUACUAUGGGGACGGUCUAAAUGCCAUCAUUGUGUUUGCCGCCUGUUUUCUGCCAGACAGCAGUCGGGCGGAUUACCACUAUGUCAUGGAAAAUCUUUUCCUAUAUGUAAUAAGUACUUUAGAGUUGAUGGUAGCCGAAGAUUAUAUGAUUGUGUACUUGAAUGGUGCAACACCAAGACGGAAGAUGCCAGGACUAGGCUGGAUGAAGAAAUGCUACCAGAUGAUUGACAGACGGUUGAGGAAGAACUUGAAAUCAUUCAUAAUUGUUCAUCCAUCUUGGUUUAUCAGAACAAUCCUUGCAGUGACACGGCCUUUCAUAAGUUCAAAAUUCAGCAGUAAAAUUAAAUAUGUCAGUAGCUUAUCAGAACUCAGUGAGCUGAUCCCAAUGAAUUGCAUCCACAUUCCGGAGAGCAUCAUCAAGUACGAUGAAGAAAGAUCUUAUAAGAGAAGUGUGAGAACUAGCUGCCUUUACAAUGAUCCAGAAAUGUCUUCCAUGGAGAAGGAUAUUGACUUGAAGCUGAAGGAAAAACCCUAGUUGGCCACGCUGGAAGAAGAGGAUGCUUUUCUGCUUUGUGGUUCUGUUGAAACAUAUCUACCUGGAAGAGACAAGGCUGAUGUUACCUUUUUCCAAUUUGCACUACCUGGUGCCAUUCUAAAUUUCUAAGUGGAAACAUAGAAAAGAAAUUUGUUUACUCUUAACAUGUUUUAUGAAAUUGUGUGUAUUUUCCUAUUUUGCCAAUUAUGUGCCUCAAAGAUUUUAGUUGAACCUUAGCAAGAAAGUAGGACCUUGCAUUUCAAUAUCUCGUAACACUUGGUGCAGUGGUAUUUCUUCCCUUAGACUGAUGUUUACCAAUAAGAUACCUUUAAUGCAC